GGAGCAGCUCGUGAUAUUGCCAUCAAUCUGCUGGAGGCAUGUGCUGGAAACUUGGAUUUGGCCGUAGGCAUGCACAUGGACAGUGCUGGUGAAGGACCAUCAGGUGCAGAGAGAGAUGAUGGAUUGCAGACUGUUGGUGACGACAGGUGAGCCAGGAUGCGUUUCUCGCUGUGAUAAAAUAAAUGAUUACAAAAUAUAUGCCUUAAAUUCCAGUUCAGAAAACUACAGGGUUUAAUACAAGUGAAUCUAUAUUUCAGUGACAGUGUAAGAGCUCCCAUACCACAGAGAACAGAAUGUUUAGUUGAAGAAGAUGCCAACAAAAUAGGUAAGUGGUAUAGUGAAUAUUGCCAGCUAUCAAAUCAUUUUAAACCGAGCCUUAGGAAAAUUUGGGUUAACUGGCUAUGGCCCAAAAAAUAAUGGCAUCGGCAAUGCCUGAACUUCCCAUCUACUAUUGUUAGUUGGCAAAACAUGCAUUUAAGUAAUGGACUUUACAAGAAUCCCAAUUAUUGUUCCCACUAGUUUCGCAACCACACACUUUUUUUAUGUCACUCAUGGUUCGCAUGGUCUUUGAUGGUUUGGGAAAAAUAAAAUAAAAUUUACAGGGCCCGGAAAGUUUGGGAAAAUUGGCAAAAAACGUCACGGUCUUUGAAAGUUUGGGAAAAAUGAUUUAAAAAAAUUCAAAAGGAAAAAGACCGGUAAAAAAAAAUAAAUCAAAGAAACAACAUGUUUCCAAUUUGACUGUGCGCAUUUCUUAAUGAUCCGUAACCAUGAAAUAAAGAAAUUAGUUCAUUGGUCGGUAGAUUUGUUUAAGCCAAUCAAAUUACUCUUAACCAGUUAGCUAUCAGUCUGGAAAAAGAGAAAUAGUCGAGAAUUUAUUGAAUAAUUUUCCCGUUCGUGAAAACCGGCGUGAUAGGUCUUUAGUAAAAUUUUCCAUAUAGUCUGGAAAUUUUUAAAUUUGUAUAAGAUUAUAAUAAAUUUGGCUUUAAAUUCGAUUAAAACUGACGUUAAUCGCCGAUCUCGUCUAUUUUAGCCUUUCUGUUAUCAAAAAAGAACUUUGCCAAAUACUAGAGUGGUUUCCCUUAACUGCGCAUUUCUACAAGUUUCUAAUACCGUACAACUUCGAUUGACCAGAAAUAUUUAAUUUCUGUUUACAUCGCCGAUCAAGAGAUGUUCGACUGUUUGGGUAAGUAAAGUGUAAAAUAUAGUAAAUAAUUAUUUGAACCUAGUUUACAAUUGUGAUGCAACCAUUCAAAAUAGAAUACUCCUCCCCCAAGCGCUGUUUAAAAUGACUAAGCUAAGCGUACUUUGUUAUGUCUUAUGUCGUAGUCUUCAUAAGUUGAUUUUUAACUGUUUUACCGUAUGCGGGCGACAUGUAUUUUUUUUUUAUUAGCGCUAAGCAGCCUUUAACUUUUAAAAAAAAAAAGACUUUAAGUUCACUUUGCACUUAUUAUGGAGAAGCUAAUUUUUAAAGCUAAUAUGAUCAAGUUAUUUUGUGGUGAUAUUUUUGCGUAGAUUAGUUAGUAAGUUUACCACUGACUUCGGAAAUUCAUUUAAAAGUUAAUAAAAUAAAACUAAAUCUAUUUUUGAUUGGACUUGAUACAUGACAUGACAUCGAUUCAGUGAGCCUAACAUAACUGUAUAUAGUUACUUAGUCCUUAGUUAUAGUCCUUUUUUAUAGCUAUGCACUCCCGUGUUCUGUGUAUACUUUACUGUAUUAUACUUUUACUGAUAAGCCAGUGUUGUAGGCAAGGUUUUUUUUUUUUUGGGGGGGGGGGGGUUGUUCCUUUGGAUACUUCAAAAAAGGGGAGGUGGGGUGGUCAAUGAUGCAUUCCCCUGCGGAAAAUCCUGACUGUGCCGUUUAAUAUCCAUAUCUUAGUAUCUCUUCUGACUCUAUAUUCCUGUAGUUUAGUACGGGUAUAAUAUAGUCUAUGUGGUGUAUGCCUUACUCUAAGUUAUAAACAUAAUAUUCAUAUGAUAAUAUUUUUUUCUUCUUCACAUUUUAUUUUUGUUUCCCUAUUCAGGAUCAUGCCUCAAUAAAAUAAUGCCCAACACACAGUUCCUUUAAAGAAUUAUGGCAUGGUCAGGGCAGAUAUCAUGAUAAUGAUGGAACAAGUCAUCAUUGCUUCACUAUGCUGGAAAUAUUGAUAUCAAGUAUUCAGGGCGAAAAUAUUACAAAAUGUCAGUCAUCUGAUGAGACUUCAGCUUUAUCACCUAUCUUAGGUGUCCAUUUCUGCAACUUCUCAGCCAAGCUCCCAAUGUAUGUGUCAAAAUAUGAAUCCCUCAUUGGAGACAUUUUAUAGACAAGCAAAUGGAUAUUUAUGUUCGCGCCUGGGAUGUAAAUAAAGUUAGUUCAUUUCUCCAUUUAUCUCAUUUUCUGAGACAUGUCACUGCUGCAAGCCUAUCCGAAAAAAUCAGUCCGAUUAUCACAGACCUUGGACACAGGGGAUUUUUACAAAUGACUAUGAAUGGCCCUGCAGUGAACUGGACAUUUUUCAAAGCCUCUGGAAACAACUGGACAGUCAGGACAUUUAAAAUAUUUUGUCUAGGACAUUUCCUCAUUGGUCUGUAGCUAAUGAUUCAUCAUGAUAACGAUGAUUUAACUAUUAAUUUAAAUAAAAAAUUACAUUUGAACACUAAGCUGAUUCAAGUAUAUAUACCACUGUACAUACAUGUGCUAUAUUUCCUAAAAAUAAAGGAUUUCUCUACAUGGAUAAGCUGAAUAUUAUUUAUAUAUUGUAUAUACUUAAGUGUUAUAAAGAUUUUUGAAUCUAUGCUAUUAUUAGGUGAGUUUUUUUUUUUUCUCUCUUUAGUACCUUAUAUAAUAAUAAACACGGUAGGUCUUUGAAUUUUUAAAAAAAGGUCUUUGAAAGUUUGGGAAAAGUUUGUGAAUUUUGGACCUUGAAUUCUGUAUGAACCCUGGACUCUCUGAACUAUAUGAAUUUUCUAAUGUCCCACCCCCUUAUUUACAGCAGAUCUAUAACACUAUAUUUAAAUUUAGUAUAUUUCUGUAAAACAAAAGAAAUACUAUGCUCUUGGAACAUUUUUAAGAAUCUCAUUUAGAACACUUAUCAGGAAUUUUUAUUAACGAAAUGAGCUCCAUUUGGUAGCGCUUGUAACAUCAUGAUAUAGAGAAUUAUUUAUUUUUAUUUUAGCUCUAAGACAAUAAAACUAUUAUCGUUACAUUCAAAAUAACACCAACUAUAGAUUACACUUAAGAUGAAAGAAUUGUGAACCAAUGCUCGAGCUAGCAUGCACUAAAUAUUAAGAGUAACUUGUAAAUAUAGUGAACCAAUAUAAUGCUCGAGCUAGUAUUCACUAGAUAUCGAGAGUACCUUUUAAAAAUAUUGAACCAACACAAUGCUUAAGCUAGCAUUCACAAGAUAUCAAGAGUAUCUUGUAAAUUUGUGUCCCCUGAUCUCUAAAUAGAAUCCAAUUUGAACCUUUUUCAUCUGAUAAUGUCUUUUUACAUUCAAAAAAAAAAAAAAAUUAAAUUUAUUUAGCUGAAGUUUUUAUAAAUGACUAGCUGACUGUUAAUGCUAUUCUGAUUUAUGAACAGGAGCAUGGAGAAUGAGACGGCCUCGGCGACAGGCUCCAUCAGUUUUUGAUGGAUUCAGAGAUUUCCAGGCAGAGGCUUGUAAGUAUUUUGAAAAUUAAGUUGAAGGAUCAAGUACAAUACCAAUGUCAGCUGCUACAUUAUACGAUGUCUCAUUGCAACGCAUUUGGAACAUUUUUUUUUCAAUUCCUUCAAUAUAUUUUUGUGUAACUGCAGGCAUGUCCAAUUUUGUCUGUCAGCUUUCAACUAAACUUACCUAAAUCAGAAUUGUAAUUGUUGAGACUUAGAAAUGUUGUCAUGUUCAUUUUAAUGCAAUUGAGUCUUGACACAUUUUUGUUUUAACUUCUUUUCAUAAAAUUAGACCAGCAUGAUGAAUCUUUGAGAGGAAAAAGACCAUCAAAGAAGAGAAAUUUAGAAGAUUUAUUUCGACCUCCUGUUGAUAUCACCAUAAAGGGAACAUUUCAACAUGUAAGUUUACAUUACAAUUAUAGCAAGCAGUUGUUUUUUUUAUUUCCAUUUCUGAUAACCCAGGUCCUCAAUCUCUUUGUAUGACUUUUUAAAAUUGUACUUUUCUUUCAUAUUAAAGUGGUGUCAAUCUUUAAUAGACCUUGAUUUGCAAAAAAUGUCAACAUUUUAUUUUGAAUAUAUCUAUUUAUGUGUACAAAGAUAUGACACCAUUGUGAACUAGGUAUAGGGAAAUACUUUUAUUUUAAGAGAAUAAAAAAUGAAAUAGUUUAUUAAAAUGGAAUUUUCAUUUUUUGCACAGACAACUAUACAAAUAAGCAGAGAUUUGAUACAUUGUUGAUUUUCAAAUGCCAAUAAUUAAUCUAGGCCAGGGAUGCAGGUUCAGCCCAAAACAAAUGGCUACUUGUCAAUGUCCAGAAUGUCCAGGAGUUUCCAUGUCAACUCCUCAACAGAGAUGUAUGGAGCAACCAAGAUACUCGCAACAUCAUUAAAGAAAGUUUUCUCUUCUGGCAGGUAAUCUGCGUAAUAAAACCAAGUUCCUCUUUGAUAUGUUCUAGUUACUGUAAAGCAGCUAGGAGUGUUAAGUCUAUUUGGUAUGCAGUGGUGAGAAGGAAUAGAAAAUUUUUCUGCGAGUUGAAAAUGGGCUUAAAUAUGCUAAGUCCGUCCACCACCUAACAUAAAAUCUCAAUGAUGACUUAAUACACUUGCAGUAAAUAACAAGAUUGCCUUUACUGUCUUAAAAUAACAUCCAUUUUUGGGAGAGUAAAUACUUGAAAUGAAUGAGUUGACAUUUUAUGUGGUUUACAGGUCUAUAAUGACAGCGAAGAAGGGAAGCGAUUCAUGCAGUUUUACAAGUUGAACCAAUGGCCUUAUGUGGCUGUUAUUGAUCCCUUCACAGGUGGGGUUUAUCAUUUAUUAUCUAUUUGUUUGUAAAUCCAUUGUAUGUACAAUGCCUGUGCAGUCAAAGAAGUAAAAAGUUAAUUAUGAAAAGAAACUGGAAUAGGUUGGUGACAAAUAAUGAUGUCUUCCCAGGUGACCACGGAAGUAUUCCCAAAUGCCACACCAAUUUCAGCUCUUUUUCUUUUCACCACUAAUUUAGCUAAGAAGGUCUACCUCGUUCUUAAGUGCAGCUUCGUGUCCUUUCAACUUUGGCUUUGUUAAAACUAUCCUCUAAUUCAUAUCUACUGUUCUCACCUAGUAGUAUGAAAUGUGUUGGUUUAAAGCCUAGUAAACAGCUGUUAUCAUUGCUGAAUUUAUUAUGCCGUACAAUGAGAGCUCUUGUUUCUGAAUGUGAGAUAUGUGCUUGCUUUUGUUGAAAACAUGAAUAGAAAUAAGUUAUUGCACGUCAGUGGGGAAGGGGGGUGUAAAAUUUCACUAUAUAAUUUAUACACCUGUACAGCACAUUUUGAAAGAGUACCUUAACUUGCGGUAUAUGGCAUGUGAAAUCAAGUUUCCAUGGCCCCAAUAUCCAGAUAAAUAUCAUAUAUACUACAUGGGUGGUGGUGGUUGGGGGGGGGGGUUUAAGGGUUGAAGUACAGUUUACGCCAUAUGUGGUAGUUGCAUUUUCAAAUUCAUUUUGGGCCACUCACCUCAGGCAAAGUAGCUUCAUGGAACUGGUUUGGAAAAGGCAAAAUGGCUAUAAUAUAAAGGACAAAAUGGUCGUAGGAAAUCCUGACCUAAAUCCUUAAUGGCCAAAGAUGGAAGUUAGUGGUCACCUUGGUUUGGGAGGACAAUCUUCUAGAUGAGUUGACACAAAGUGCCCAUUAAGAUCUGGAAUGUCUGCAGAUGAACUGCCAAGGAUACAUUGUUUACUGGGUGCUACUGCCCUCAACAAAUAUAUGGUAGCUGUUAAAUACACAAAAUUCACUCUAUUGUCCGUUGGUCAUUUUUAAAAAUAUCUAAAUAAACUUGCCAGUGAUCUCCAUCUUCCCUGCUUAAACUGCAUCACCAAAUUGAGAAAUUCUUGGAAGCAGAUGUUGUGAGCUGUGCUUGUGACAAUAUUAAUUUGUAGGUUAAUCAAUUGCAGUGAUUUCCUGUAGCAUUGAGCAUUCCAAUCUGUAUUUACAGGGGAGAAUCAAGUUGUGUGGUCAAAGAUAUCAGAUGGGGGUGUCUUCUGUGAGCUAGGUAGGCAGCAUUUUCAUUUUCAUCCUAUUAAGCAGCUCUAUUUUAACUGGUCAUUGGUCAGAUUAGAAAUCCCUGAACCUGAAGUACCAUAAAGUAAACUCAACAAAUAAAGCUUUCAAGUGUUGAAGCGAAUUGCGAUUCAGAGAUGCAGAAUUCUGGUUAGAAUUGCUGCUUUAUAUGUCUUAAUUUCACAUUCGCAAUAAAAAAAAAAAUGUGCAUAUUCCACCAACCACAACCUUUCUGACCAUUUCCAAAUUUCAUCAUAAAAUAAAUGUUUAACCUAACUUCAACAGAAACAGACAGACGAAAUCAUUGUUAAUAUUUUGUUUAGCUUUGAAUGUUUAAGUUCAAGACAAAUCAAUUUAAUAAUCUUUUUUAAAUUGAUUUCAACAGACUUAUUUCAUCACCUGGUGACUUUAAUCUGAAAUAGCAUAGAAAAGGUUAAAUCUGGUUUAUGUGGUUUUGUUUGGGACAUUAAACAAUAUAUUUACUAUAGAAGUAUUUGUUGUCCGGGUGGUUUAAAUUUGAAUAUUCUUUCCCCGGUAUGGGUGUAUGUACACUUUUGCCAGGACCUGCUCAUGUCUGCUCCAGAUAAUAAAGAAAAAGAGUAAAUUAAAAUGAGCUGAAUUUAUGUUUACUUUUAUAGUUGAGUUAAUUGAUUAAUUUUUUGGUAUGACAGCUAAAGACUUCCUAGCAUCCAAUCCAGUACCAGACUCAAGCAUUGCUUCCCCUGCAGGCAAAAGACAUAAGCGGGUUAGUUGUAAUAAUGAAGUCUAUAGAGAUUUCUUUCCUGUUUCAUUUUAAACAGUGCAUUGAUUUUAAAUAAUAGAAAAUUGUCAUGCUUUAUGAGACAUCUAAUGAUAAUGCCAUUAGGUGUGUGCAUUCAGGCAAACUUUGUAUGUGUGACUUUUUUUAAUGUCUUCAUUAUUAUGGUUGCAAAAAGGUUUUAAGAUUAGAUAUUUGUUAAUAACUCUGUAUAGAAUUUUAAAAAACAUCUUGAUAUAUGAGUGUUGUUUGUUGUUGUUUCAGGAGCCAUCUAUUGUUGAUGCCACAGAACAAGAACAAAUGGAAGCAGCUAUCCAGGCAUCACUGUUUGACAUCCAAGCCAAACCAAGCUCCCCUCAGUACGUGCAGGACUCCGACUCGGAGGCAGACCUGUUAGAUUCUGACCCAGAGACAUUUUCUGAUUCAGAUGAUGUCAUUGUGGAAUCCCCCCCUGGGUCAUCCAAUGGUCACAUCAUCUCCAAAUCCAGGCACACCACCUCCAGGCACACCGUGUCAGCCAACAAAGAAAAGUUCAUUCCCAAACAUGAGCGCUUGAAGCCGUCUCUGACUUCAUCCUCCAACAGACCCGCAUCAUCAUCUUUUCAUCCUUCACCUUCGUCAUCUUCUCAGUCAUUGUCAGCCACAUCGUCAUCACCCAUUUCAAUGAGUCACCUCUCCAGAUUCAGCUCCGCAAAUGGUGCAGAUGUUAGUAUAGUACACCAAGGCCACGGGGGGCCCAGCUCAAGUGCCAGGCCCAAUAUUUGGGCAGGACCAAAUACCUCACACCCCGGGCGUGAUAGCCCACUAGAAGUGAACAUAGAGAAUUCACUGAUUGACAUGAUAGGGAGUCGAGAGGCUGAGGUGUGCACACCAGAUGUUUGCACACUGGACGAGUCCCCUUCCAAUUCACAACCACCAUUAGAAUGUGUGGAAGGUGCAGCAGGACAAAGUGCUGAUGCUGAAGCAAGUGAAACUUGGAGAUUAUAUUGUGGAGAUCCAUUGGGUAAAUAAGUAAAUUCCAGUAUUUCUAUAAACAAUAAAAACAAUUUAAAAAAAAAAUUUUUUUUAGAUUAUAAAAUAUUAUUUUGCAGAUAAAAUAUGUUUGAUUUCUCAAAGGCAUUGACUGUGCAUUAAAUUUUAAAAAUUUCAAUGGUAAAUUUAAAAAGGUGACAUUUUCUUUACUGUGUCGAUAUUGUAUAAUAUUUCGAUAUGUUUUUAAAUAUGUUUCUUGUAUAAAAUUAUCUAAAUUUGUGAUUAACUCUGACCCUGGCAGAUCCAGUUAGCAAGAUCAUGAUAAGAUAUCCAGAGAACAAGAGAGAACAAAUUGUUUUACCUCAUUCCUCAAAGUUGAAGGUAACUGCUUAGAAUCUGUGUGCAUUCAAUGGUGAACUGCAUUAUGUCAAAUGUAACAGGCUUUUGAAUUAGAGUUUUACUUGAACCAACCUGAGAGAGAACCAACCUCUUGUAAUGAGAUCUAUAUAAGAAAUGAUGACACAUUAUGUUUUCAUUUUUAAAUCCAGUUACUGCACCUGCACAGGCCCUGUAAGGUGAUGGAAGCUUCACUAGAAAUUUUGUCAGCUGUCUUAGCAUUCAUGUGUCAAAGUUUUCUUAAUUGAUAUUUUUUUUUUAGACCAUUUCAAAUUUCACAGUGCUUAGGAGCAGUUUUAGCAUUUUAAAAGUCUACAGGAACCUCAAAACUUUGAGAGGAUUCAGAGAGACACUGCUGCUCAGGUUUUAAAGUAGAUGAUGGUUUGACUAAUAGGAAUUUUAACUUGUGAAUGAAUGCAAAGAAAUUGCAUUGUUUCUAAUAUCCUCUCUGUGUUUAAGCAAAUAUUUUUAGUAUAUUAUGUCAUUUUGUAGGCUUCAGUAGAACUGUGUGCCUCUUAAACACUAAAUAAAUUAUUCAUUGUGUCAUCUUUUAGGCUUUAAUAGAACUGUGUGCCACCAAGGGCUAUCCCCCUGACAAGUACGAGUUGGUGACAAACUACCCACGUCGCAAGCUCUCCCAGAUGGAUGCAGGUACAACACUGAAAGAUGCCGGCCUUUACCCACAAGAAACUAUUUUUGUUCAAGAUUUAUAACAGGGAAAGUCUAUAUCGUGUUAAUUCUAUAUCAUGUUAUGUCUAUAUCAGUGACAUUUUCUUAGCUGUUUCAAAAUUUGACACUGUCCGCUCAUGGCCAUUUAGUUUAAAUGUUGACAUUCAUGUGUCACUUGUUAGGUACCCUUAUUGAAAGGAUGAAACUUAACUGUUAGAUAAACAAUUUUUUUAUUUAAACAAUUUUUUGUUUAAUUAGUGGUUGAGGAUUCUUGUUUUGAAGGUCAUUGUCUAAAUAAAUUUUAAGUCAUAGCCUAAGCAAAAAUAGCUAUCAAGACAGCCUAGAGAAAUUAAUAGGUACAGAUAACUGCAGAAUUAGAUCUAAGGGUGUGUCUGGGGCGUGGGCAUAAUCUCUUCUGUGAAAGUCGGAAAUCCAACCCAAAACCAAUGUACUGUAAAACCCUAAAUUCUUUUUACAAAAUGCUGUCAUGAUACCAAUGUUAAAAAUGGAAAGGAUGCGGGGAUGCUUAAAGCUACCCACACUUGAUGACGUAAGCCUAAACUUUCUACCAAAAACGGCAGACGUCAUCAACUCCCUGUAUUCAAACAGCUGCGGAGAGUGUAAACUCUUCACUAUGGCCGCAGGCCGAAGGGCACCUGCCCAAAUUAUCACUUUAUUUGAAUAAUGAUUUAAGGUCAAAGUUCACCAAUGCACAACAUAUGUGUACUUUGGGAGCAAUCACCAGCAGCAUUAUUUGCUUGUACUAUAUAAUACAUUUAAAACUGCAGAUAUUGGAUGUUAGCACUUGUAUAACAUUAGUACAACUAGUAAGUCAGCCCUUGCCACUUAAGUCCAUGACAAUAUGAAAUGAAUACCUUGGUUAUAAUGGAAGAAAUUAACUUUAUUUUAACAGGAUAGAUUCAUAAAUGUAUAACAGUAACUUUUCAUUAAAUUAAUCUUUUAACUUAAUUAAUCACAUUGCAAUACAUGCUGGU